AUGGAUGAGGUUGGACGUCAAGCAGUUGGAAAGCUUAUCACAAAGUGGAGAUAUUAUGUUCGGAGCCAUGUUGCCUCUUCAUUUGGACAAGGUUUACCAACGUGUUUCUUUUCAACAAAGACCACCGAUGACUACCUGUACAAUGUAAAUGAUGUUUCUAACAUGAUGUUUCACCUAGAAACUUAUCAGCAAAUCCAAGUUCUAAUCUUUGCCGUGCAAGAGAUAAACAAUAACAUCAAUAUUCUACCCAACAUGACGGUGGGGUUCCAGGUCUAUGACUCUUGCAAUGUGCUUAAUUUUGAUUUAAGGGGUGCCUUACAAAUACUGACUGGAUCCAGCACAGCCAUCCCUAACUACAGAUGUGUCCAGGAUAAUCUUCUUUCUGGUUUCAUUGGACCUGCUGUCUCUACUCACUCCAUUCUUCUAGCUCACAUCUUGGGACUGUACAAAUAUCCUCAGAUCAGUCAUUUUUCUACUAGUCGUCUUCUGAGUGACAGGACAAAAUUUCCAUCUUUCUUCAGAACAGUUCCUAAUGAUAUCUUUCAGUCCCAAGGUCUGGCCAAGCUUGUGUUCUAUUUUGGAUGGACUUGGGUAGGUCUUGUGGCUGUUGAUAAUGAUUAUGGGCAGCAGGGAAUACAGGUGGUCAAGCAUGAGAUAACCAAAGCAGGAGCUUGUGUGGCUUUCACAGAAAAUAUUUUAAUAAGUCAAGCAGACCGAAAUGCUCCACAUGUAGUGAAGACAAUCAAGGAAUCAACCGUAAAGGUGGUGAUUAUUUUUUCCACUGAACUUGACCUGGCUCCCAUUUUGGAAGAAAUGACCAAGCAGAACAUUUCAGGGAUAACCUUUGUAGCUAGUGAAGGAUGGUCCACAUCAACCUUAUUUUCGGAUAAUAAAUUUUCACAGCUUCUACCUGGUACCAUUGGAUUGUCCUUUUUCAGUGGUAUGAUUCCGGAAUUUCAAGAAUUUAUUCAUGAAGUCCAUCCAUUAAUGUCUUUAGGACAGACUUCAGCAAACUUGUUUUGGAAAUUCACAUUUGGUUGUACCCUUAUAGACAACCAAACUCAUAUAACUUCUUUAGAGGGUCUACAAAAACAAUGCAGUGGGACAGAAACUCUACGUAGUGUCCAGCACAGCAACAUUGAUGUUUCUAACCUAAGGACUACCAACAAAGUUUACCUUGCAGUUCAUGUUUUUGCCAAAGCUCUGGAAGAGCUUAGAAGAUGCAGGGAUAAUACACUAUUAUUGCAGAGAGGCAUGUGUAUAGAUAUUCGGAAUUUCAAACCAUGGCAGGAACAUUUUAACUAUGAUAACUACAGUCAUGAGAUGAAAGAGGAUUCUGACAUUUUCCACCUUUUCCAGCUUUUACGUUAUUUGAAAAGGGUAAGAAUGACUCUGAACAGUGGGAAACAAUUCUACUUUGACGAGAAUGGGGACCCUCCAGCAGUCUAUGACAUUGUGAACUGGCAAUUAAGCCCAGAAGGAACCUUGCUCCAGGUCAGAGUUGGGAGUUACGAUACGACUGCUCCAGAUGGCCAGGUGUUUACCAUCAACUCAAGUGCCCUAGUAUGGGCCACAAGAGACCACCAGGUUCCUCCCUCUGUCUGCAGUGAAAGUUGUCCACCAGGAUUCAGAAAAGCUCCUAUAAAAGGACAACCUGUUUGUUGUUUUGAAUGUGUUGGUUGUUCACAAGGAGAGAUCUCAAAUUAUACUGAUGCCGUUGAUUGCUUCAAAUGUCCAAAGGACAGGUGGCCAAAUCCUCAGAAAUCCCAGUGCCUUCAAAAGCCUAUAGACUAUCUGUCCUUUGAAGAACCAUUGGGUACCACCUUGAUGAUUUCCAGCACUGCAUCAUCUUUAAUCCCUAGUUUGAUUUUGAGACUGUUCAUCAAGCAUAAAAACAGCCCAAUAGUUAAAGCCAACAACUUGUCUUUAAGUUGUCUUCUUCUGACAUCUUUGUCCUUGUGUUUCCUCUGUUCCUUAGUUUUCAUUGGUUACCCUAUACCUGAAAAAUGUCUAUUGCGCCAAGUUGCAUUUGGCCUAGUUUUCACGUUAUGCAUCUCCUGCAUCUUAGCUAAAACCAUUUUGGUUGUCUUUGUAUUCAUGGCUACCAGACCAGGAACUAGUUUGAAGAAAUGGGCAAGUCCUCAAGUAUCCUACUUUAUUAUUGCUAUGUGUUUUUCAAUUCAGUUGAUAUUUUGCAUUACCUGGCUAUCUCUCACCCCUCCAUUCCCACAAUAUAGCUUUCAAGUACAAUCCAUUAUCAUUGUUGAGUGCAAUGAAGGCUCACCCAUUGCCUUCUGGAUCAUGUUAGGUUAUCUCUUCCUUCUAGCCACUAUAAGUUUUAUUGUUGCCUUCUUGGCUCGUAGACUUCCUGAUACCUUCAAUGAAGCCCAGUUUAUUACAUUCAGCAUGAUGGCCUUCCUUAGUGUCUGGAUAUCUUAUAUUCCAGCCUCUUUAAGUGCCCAAGGCAAAUACACUAUAGCAAUGGAAAUUUUUGGUAUCCUUGCCUCAAGUUGGGCUCUUGUCAUCUGCAUGUUUCUUCCUAAAUGCUUCAUAUUAUUGUUCAGACCUCAGAAGAACACUAGAGAAUAUCUAAUGAAAUCAAAAUUUGCUCUAAAAGCUGUGUAG